AUGAGAUCUCCAUCACUCGCUGUUGCUGCUACCACUGUUUUGGGUUUGUUUUCCUCCAGUGCCUUAGCUUACUAUGGUAAUACUACCACCGUUGCUUUAACUACUACAGAAUUCGUCACUACUUGUCCUUACCCAACCACUUUCACUGUGAGCACAUGUACCAAUGAUGUAUGUCAACCAACAGUGGUUACAGUCACUGAAGAAACAACAAUCACUAUUCCUGGUACUGUAGUCUGUCCUGUUGUCCUGACACCUUCAGGUAGUGCUAGUGCUAGUGCCAGUGCCGGUGCCAGCUCCGAAGAAGAAGGAAGCGUUGUCACCACUCAAGUCACCGUCACUGAUUUCACCACCUACUGUCCUUACCCAACCACAUUAACCAUCACCAAAUGUGAAAACAACGAAUGUCACCCAACCACAAUUCCUGUGGAAACAGCCACUACCGUUACUGUCACUGGUGAAGUGAUUUGUCCAACCACUACAUCUACUUCUCCAAAAGAAUCUUCUUCUGAAGCUGCUUCUUCUGAAGUGAUCACUACUCAAGUUACAGUUACAGAUUACACUACAUACUGUCCAUUACCAACUACCAUUGUUGUUUCUACUUGUGAUGAAGAAAAAUGCCAUCCAACCACUAUUGAGGUAUCUACCCCAACUACAGUUGUUGUUCCAGGUACUGUUGUUUGUCCAACUACUUCUGUUGCCACCCCAUCACAAUCAGAAGUAGCCACCAAGCCAACCACUAUUAAUUCGGUUGUCACUACUGGUGUCACUACAACUGACUACACAACAUACUGUCCAUCACCAACCACCAUUGUUGUUUCUACUUGUGAUGAAGAAAAAUGCCAUCCAACCACUAUUGAGGUAUCUACCCCAACUACUGUCGUUGUCCCAGGUACUGUUGUUCACCCAAGUACUUCUGCUACCAUUAUCACCACCACUGCUGAACAACCACCAGCAUCUCCAGAGGUUUCCACUAUUGAAUCUGUGGUUACUACUCCUGCUACAUUGACUGGCUACACCACUUAUUGUCCAGAACCAACUACUAUUGUGUUGACCACUUGUUCUGACGAUCAAUGUAAACCUCAUACAGUUUCUGCCACUGGUGGUGAAACCGUCAGCAUUCCUGCCACCAUUGUGGUGCCAAGCAGCCAUACUACUCAAGUGGAAAUCACUGUCUCCUCAGCCUCAGUGCCAGCUUCAGAAAAGCCAACCACUCCAGUAACUGUUGCUGCAGUUUCCAGUUCUCCAGCUGUAUCCACUGAAACUCCAUCAUUGGUGACACCUGCUAUUUCCAUUGCUGGCGCUGCUGCUGUCAAUGUUGUUCCAACCACAGCAUUCGGGCUCUUUGCCAUUAUUCUUGCAUCAAUCUUUUAA